AUGAUGCUUUUUGACCCCUCGCUGGAUGCACUGUCGAGAUUUCGGGAUCAACGGGACCUGACGCAGUAUUUUCCGGACCAUCCAGAUCUGAGCGUCUCCGUCUCCACGCAGCCUAUUCUGCAUGCGCCCUACCGUUUUUUUGUGCUCAUUGCCGACGCUACAAAGCUUGCUCGCCUGUCUCGCCCUCUGGAAAGAGGCGAACGACAAAAUUGGAGGCACCUGCAGGACGAAUUCAGGCAGUGUGUCCCACUGAUGCGAGCCGAGGACGAGCAGUCCAGCACGCUCUACGCCCUUACUCUGGGAAUCCUACUGCUGAAAAAGAAUCCAGAGAUAUCGCUGCGAGAGAUGAGUCGACGGAUGGGCAUUUACUUGGGACAAGGGCUGGAGGCGAUGGCCCUGGCAGAUGCAGAGCACUAUUUCACCAGUUUCCUAUUAUGGCCGCUGGCUAUACUGGGAUCGAUUGCGGUGUCUUCAAAUGAAUACCAAAUGGUGCAGAAUCUCCUCUCUCUGCUAAUCAAUACCCGACCUGGGGGCCAAGCGACCUGGGUACAGAGACGGCUACAGACAAUUUGGACCACGACGUGUAGUCCUGACAGUGAAAACAGAGAGGAACAAAGGCUUCUUGGUCUACAGUUGUUACUAGAUGGAGACUGA